GCGCACAACCCAAGAGAGAAUCCAAGUUUGCUGCGAAUUUCAAUCUCUGUUGUAAAUCGACACAUGCACUUUUUAGAUUAUUUUUAUUCCACUUUGGAUAACAAUGCAAGUGUGUAUUUGUACCUAAAUUGUUUUCCAAAAACUGUUACAAUCUUUCACAACUGAACAUGAGUCUUCUCCGUGAAAGCAGCUGAAAAGAUCAGAUUUUUAGGAAGAUGGACCGGAGGCUUCCGAGGAGGCGAUGGACGUUGACAGGGCAGGUUGUGUGUCUGCUCCUGUGUGCGUGUGCACUGGACCGGGUUUUGGCGCAGAUUCGCUAUUCAGUUCCCGAGGAGUUGGAGCACGGGGCUUUCGUAGGAAAUAUCGCAGAGGACUUGGGCUUGGACGUGGCCAAAUUGUCCACACGGAGAUUCCGGAUUGUAUCCGGGGCUAGAAAACAAUAUUUAGAAGUGAAUUUGGAGAACGGAAUUCUGUUUGUGAACGAAAAGAUCGACCGCGAGGAGCUGUGUGAACAAAGUCCCAUUUGUUUCUUGCACUUGCAGGUGGUCAUUGAGAACCCUUUGGAACUGUACCGGGUAGAAGUGGAGAUCUUGGACGUGAAUGAUAACGCUCCCAGUUUCCCGUGGAGCGAGUUUAAUCUGGAGAUCACAGAGUCUGCUGCGCCGAGCUCCCGGUUCCCCCUGGAGAGCGCACAGGACCUGGAUGUGGGCUCGAACUCUCUCCGCUCGUACUUGCUGAGCGCCAAUCAACACUUCGUGCUGGACAUUCAGACGCGUAACGACGGCAGCAAGUUUGCAGAACUCGUUCUGCAGUCGCCGUUGGACCGAGAGCAGCAGAAGACGCACGAGAUGGUGCUCACGGCCGUGGACGGUGGCUCCCCAUUGCGCUCGGGCACGGCACAGAUCACGGUAACUGUGCUGGACGCGAAUGACAACGUGCCGGUGUUCGACCGCUCCGUAUACCGGGUCAGCUUGGUGGAGAACGCGCCUAGAGGCACUCUCGUGCUCAAACUGAACGCCACGGACCUGGAUGAAGGCGCAAACGGCGAGAUCACCUAUUCGUUCAGCGGGCACGCACCUCUGAAGGUGCGCGAGCUGUUCAGCGUGGAUUCUUACUCGGGUGAGAUCCGGGUGAGGGGAAUUGUGGACUACGAGAGGGCCAGCGUGUACGAGCUCUACGUGCAGGCGAAAGACAAGGGUCCCUCAGCCGUAGCCGUGCAUUGCAAAGUGCUGGUCGAUAUUCUGGACGUGAACGACAACGCGCCCGAGGUCAUAUUAACCUCUGUGUCAACACCUGUACAGGAGGACGCGCCUCCGGGCACGGUGAUAGCCGUGAUCAGUGUAAUGGACCGCGACUCCGGAGAGAACGGAGCUGUGGAUUGCCAGAUCCCCGGAAAUGUGCCGUUCCAGCUGCACUCCUCUUUUAAAAACUAUUACACACUCGUGACCAGCGAGUUUCUCGACAGAGAGUCUGUCUCGGAGUACAACAUCUCCCUCACAGCGCGAGAUCUGGGCUCGCCCCCGCUGUCCACCAGGAAGACGAUUCUGGUUCAAGUGUCUGACAUUAACGACAACCCGCCGCGCUUCAUUCAGCCCUCGUACACUGUAUAUGUGACCGAGAAUAACGCCCCGGGCGCUUCCAUUUGCUCGGUGACCGCAUUCGAUCCGGACUCUAAUCAGAACGCGUAUUUGUCCUACUCCAUCCUGGACGGUCAGAUCCAGGGCAUGCCGGUGUCCACUUAUGUCUCCAUCAAUUCUGAUAACGGCAACAUCUAUGCGCUGCGCUCUUUCGAUUACGAGCAGCUCCGGAACUUUCAGAUCCGAGUCCAGGCGCAGGACGCCGGUUUCCCGCCGCUCAGCAGCAACGUGACCGUCAACGUAUUCGUUUUGGAUCAGAAUGACAACGCGCCGGUCAUCCUGUCCCCGCUGCCCAGAAACGGCUCUGUUGCUACUGAAAUGGUGCCCAGGUCGGUGGACGCUGGGUACCUUGUGGCUAAAAUCACGGCGCUCGACGCGGACGCGGGGCAAAACUCUCGCCUGUCAUAUCAGAUGCUGCAGGCGACGGAUCCCGGGCUGUUCAGCGUGGCUCUCUACACCGGGGAGAUCAGGACGAUCCGCCGCUUUGUAGACAAAGAUGCCAUCAGGCAAAGACUCGUCAUACUUGUCAAGGACAACGGGCAGCCGCCGCUCUCGGCCACCGUGUCCAUCAUUCUGUCGGUGGUGGACUCCGUUCCGGAGUCGCUGUCCGACUUCGGUGACCUCUCGCUCAGCCCCCAGCCCCCGUCUAACCUCGCGCUCUAUUUAAUCGUGUCACUGAGCACCGUCUCGCUCAUCUUCCUCGUGGCCAUCAUCGUCCUGGCGGCCGUGAAGUGCUACAAAGACCGCGACUCCCUCGGCGGUUACGCGCUCUCCUCGCUCGGUGCCGCUUGCUGCAGCUUUGAACCGGAGCCGCCCGCCGAGGUGUUCAAAAAGUCUAAUCUCAACCUGCAGAUCUCCACCGGCGCCAAAGUGCCCACGAACUGCGUGGAGGUAAACAGCAAUCCUGGAAAUCUCUCUCAAGCUUACUGCUACAAAGUGUGUUUGACACCCGAAUCUGCAAAGAGCGACUUUAUGUUUCUCAAGCCUUGCAGUCCCGGCACACCGAGAAAUAACGCGGCGAGAGGAGCGGAUAACCUGGCGAUGAGCUCACAGAGCCGCUGCUCUUCCGUGAACAAUGGAGCGACUACACCGAACGAGUUGAAACAAGCAAACACUGACUGGGCCCUCACCAAAAAUCAAACUUCCUCUCUGAAAAGUUGCAACUCUAUAAACAUGGAUGGCACUCUGAUGCGUAAAGCCAUGCAGGCCGAACCUGAGAAUUAUGUGGGUCAGAUGGCUGCCGGACAGUACUGGACCUGGGGAACCCGCUCAAAAGAGUACCGGAUGCAUUCUCCAGCAGGUAGUGUUUCUCAGAGGGCCUGGACUCCUCACUACACACCCCAACACAACCCUACCCACCACCUGCAGCAGCAGCAGCCCACAGCACAGGUCCACUCGCACCCUCCGCCGGACUACCAGCACAAUGUCUACAUCCCCGGCACACCGUCCGGCUUCUGCACCCUGCGGCCCAGCUACCGCAGUGAGCUCGACGUCCACAACUCAUUCUCCACCUUCGGCAAGAAACGUAGGUUCAUCUCUCCCAGCAGCUAUGACCCGCAUGACGACACGGGGGCAGAGGUCAUCAACAAUGACUUAUAUAAUGAAUAAAAUAAGACAAAAGGACCUGUGCUGUGAUGAUGAACAAAAAGAGUGACUUAUUACCAAAGCAUAGCACUCAUUAUGUAGUCUCAGCCUCAGAUGGACCGACACAAUCCAUUCAUCGACCAUCUGUUGCAUUUUGCACAUGCAAUGCAAUUUAUGUUGAUUUAGGAAGCAAAAUUUUUUUUUAAUAAUACCAGGUUGAUAUUAUGAACACUGGAUUUGCCAUAGUUUGCCUGGAUCAUGGCUUCAAAUCUCUGAAAGUUAUUCAGGAGCAGAACUGUAUAUCCCACUUUGUUUUCUCUCUGUGAACUUGUUUAGCAGGACAAAAGUUUUUAUCACAAAGUCUAAAAACGCCUCACCUUUUUCUGACUUCAAUUUUGCAGAGAUUAUAGAGUGUAACAGUGCUUGACCACUUUCUCAGUGGACUUGGUUCCAGAAGUAUAAUAAGUAAGAAUAAGUAUUUUUCCCAUUAGGUUUUAAAAAAGAGUCUUCAUUAAAAAGUUUUAAGCCAUAAACCAACCAACCAGUUAUGAAUUUAAUCACAACUUUGAUUAGAAGCCAAAAAGUAUUUGAAAAUCAAAAAAAAAAAAAAAACCCAAACAAACAAAAAAAAGUACUUGACUGAACUUAAUAACUUGAAUGAGGGAAUAUGAACAAAAAUUCAAUAAAGGGUUUUGAAUGACAUCAAAUUAAAAAUGAUGGAGAAUCAUAAAACUAUUAAUUUAAAGAUGUUAAUUUGAGAUUUAAAGAUUUCUCUGCAUAAUCAUGGGUUUUUCAUAUGGAAUUAUGAUGUUAAACACAAAUACUUCAGGAAAAAGUUGAAAUAAUGCAAACUGAUAGCUUCAACAAAAGCAUAUACCAUUAAUUAACAAGCUUGUCAUUCACAAUAGGCCUGUCUUUAAAGGUUUAUCAGUUAUUGUUACGUCACUUCCCCUGUGGAGAUAAUGAAUGGAGCUUUUACUUCUGGAACCGACUGUUGCACUCUGUAUUCAGAUAAAACCACCACUAACUGGCAUGUAAAAAAAAACUGUUUUGUUGCUUUAAAUGUGAAUCAGGCAGAAUGAGCAGCAAACUGACUUUAUGCUGCAAGUCUGAGACUACUUGACACGUGACAGGCAGGGAACUAAACCUUUAUGAUGUCACAGUGCCGCUAUGCUAUGAUGGUUCUGUCUGUCACCGCUCUGUGUUCACACUCACUCAAACAUGCACUUUUCACUCACAUAGUGUGUGUUUGUGGCACAUCAUUCUGGCCUGCUCAUAGGACAUACCGUCUGUUCUGUCAUUGGGGCCUAUUGUACUUAACUACAGAGGCUCUGUUCCUUAGGAUAGGAUAGUCUGGCUGUUUUCUGACAAACAGAUAUUUAAAAGAACUUGAAUUAGUUAAAGGAGUGAGGUGAGUUCUUAUGAUCCCAAUGAAGCUAAGAAAAUUGCUUGUCCUGUUAUAUCAGGAACUGAAUAAAACUUAAUCUGUAUUAUUUAUUAUUUGUAAUUGCAUCUGCUUGGUUAAUUUAACCACACCGGGCCUAAAGGUCAAAGGUCAUUACCACUAGAGCAGCAGUGAGAGGCCAGGCCUGAGAUUUAAUACAGUACUGAAUAUCAUUAUUAUUUUUAUAUUUUCCUACUGUUGUUACUUUGACAAUCAUUACAGCCAAAAUGUGAUUAUUACCCGCCUUUUGCACACCGUGUGAGCAUAUAAAUCAAUACAGUGGUCAUGAUGAGACUGAAUUAUAGGCUAGGAGAAGGUGGAUGCUCACCAAGUGAAACUGAUCGAUUCAAUAUGAUUACUCAUGUAGGAAUGACUGGAUCCGCACUUAGAGACACAUUACUGCCUCAUACAAGAGAACAGGAUGUGAAAAUCCAUUCAUUCCAAAUAUGUACAUACAAAUA